UAGGACACGGUCGUCGCACUGAACGCCAUGAGUGAGUACGCCAAGCAGACGUACAGCAACAACUUGAAUCUUCACAUCACCGCCACGCUGGAGUCUAAAUCCAGCUUUAGUACCAACAAGAGCAGUUCUCAGGGGUUUGGCAUCGUCUCUGUCUCCUCACAAUCUGAAGCUUCAUCGACCUUCACCGUUGAUAUAGACAAGUCCAACUCACUUUUGGUGCAGACGAGCGAGAUUACAAGUUUACCAGCAAAAUUAACAAUCAUCGCUCGUGGCUCAGGUGUAGCCUUAGUUGAAGCAGCAGUGUUUUUCAAUGUUCUCUCAGAAAUAGAGGCCAUUACAUUUGAUCUAAAAGUUAAAAUUGUAGAGGAGACACUUAACCUACUAAUUUUGGAGACUUGCACAGCGUGGAGGGGAAAUGGCCAGAGCAGUGGAAUGGCUGUCCAAGAGUUGGGUAUCCCAUCAGGCUUUGAUGCUGACCUUGAGAGUAUCACCAAAUUGGACAUUCUAAAGAGAGUCGAGACACAAAACAAGAAGGUCAUUCUCUAUUUUGAUAAGAUCGGCACUACGCCCGUGUGUUUAAACCUUAGAGUCAGACGAGUUGAUUUUGUUGCCAAGUCCCAGCCAGCUGCCGUUAGGGUCUAUGACUACUAUGAGCCACGAAACCAGGUGACGGUUUUUUACCAGUCCAAAAUUCUGGAGGAUUCUUCCAUCUGUGACGUCUGCAAGGAUUGUAUUAGCUGUGCCUAGGUCAGUGGAAAUAUUCAGAUUUUAAGAGACAACACUGAUGUCAGCUCAACUUUCCGUGAUGUGUUGUAAAGAAAUCCAACAUUAUAUCAUAUUAAAACAUUGAAAAUAUAAAUGUAGUUGAUGAAGUAUGUUUCAAAAUAUGAUACAAUAAAGCGGCAGUGAGCUCUGCUAAACUUA